CCCGCGACCCGCUGUCCCGCCUGAUACGACCGCAAGCACGUCAGCGCCACCGCUUGUUUCGCAUGAUACCGGUGGGCGUCUGAUUGUCAGCGUUAGCUAGCGACUGUGUGAGGGGCGCGGAAGAGGACGGAGCCGGUAACAGUACCAGCAGCAGCUGCAGCUCCGGGUAGUAUCGCCCUCAGUCCUGCCCCCCUCUGCUAGCAGAAGUUCCUCCUCUGCCCGUGAGUCCAGUAGUUUGGCGAAUUAGCUAGCUUAAAACACGCCGAGGCGGUGGAUAUACAUGUCUACCUCUCAACCACGAGACGAGCUACGAAAGGGAACUUGCAGUUCAUGUUUCGCCAAGAAGUUGGUGUGCCGUCUUUUAUUCCAUCUUGUUCGUAUCUUUUCCAACACGAGAAGAGGAAUAUGUCCAGAUAUAACAUUUACAGCCUGUUGGACUGGAUCUACGGCGGGGUGGAUCCGAAGUUCGAGGGCAACGGGGGGCCCGAGUGCGCCGCCUUCAUCGCGCCCCAGCAGCGCGUGGCCGAAAGUCUGGUCAUCGUCCUCGUCUCGGUGGUGGAGGUAUGCGUGGCGCUCAGGAAGAUACACCUCUCCAAGGAGCUCAGAGUAGUGUGCAAAGACUACACGCGGGCGAAGGAGGACAGUCUGGGCAAGAACCUGUUGCUGGUGGCCCUUUGCAUGACUUUUGGAGUGGAGGUUGGGUUCAAAUUCGCGACCAAGACGGUGAUAUAUCUGCUGAACCCCUGCCAUGUCAUGACAAUGGUUCAGAUCUUCCUGCUGGCCUGCCCGCCAUGUAAAACAGUAAUGGUCGUAUUUCGGCUGCAGGUCCAUAUGCUGAAUGGUGCGUUACUGGCUUUGAUGUUCCCAGUCGUCAACACCAGACUGCUUCCGCUUGAGAAGGAGAUCUACUACAUCCAGCACUCCAUGCUGUACCUGGUGCCUCUUUACCUUUUCAGGAAAGGAGGUGUGUACAAGCCGGAGCCUCUGGGGGACAUGUGGUGGGCGCUGCUCUCCACCGGCAUCCUGUUCCUCUACCACUUCCUCUUCCUGCAGGUCCUCGGCUUGGUAAGAUUGAGCCCUCUGCUGGCCGUUACCGGGUACCGCACAGUGCAAGGCGACGGAGGUCAACCUGAACAACAUGCUGUGCCCGGCCGUGUCCGACCCCUUUUACGGGCCCUGGUACCGAGUGUGGGCGACGGGCCACCAGACCCUGCUGACCCUCUUCCACGGGAAGGUCCUCACGCUCCUCUCGCAGCACUCGGGCUCGGCGUGCCGCUGCAUGCUGGACGUGCUCCGACCGCGCAGCAAGAAAGUCGACUGAAUGUCCACGAGGACACACACACACACACACACACACACACACACACAGACCUACCUAGCCUUUCAUUCGUAAUGCCUGCUCUACUGAGAAUCUUUUUAUUCUUUUUUUUAAUUAUUAUCUUUUUAUAAAAACAAGAUUUGAUUGCAUCUUUUAAGCAUAUGUAUUUUCCUGAAAGAAGUGAGCAUUCGAGGGCCCAGUGCCUCAAUGUGUCUUGAUUUGUGGUCAGACGUACAGCGGGUAAAAUAAGUAUUGAACACGUCACCGUUUUGCUCCGUAAAGAUAUUUCUAAAGGAUGAAUGUAAAAAUGUAGCGAGACAUUAUUGAUACCAAAUCUGCUGCCUUGUACCAGGAUGAUGAAAAUGUAACAAGAGUGUCCAUCUCAGGAAGAUAAUUAUCCCAAACACAGCCGAGGAAACUGGUUUCAGAGAAAGAACGUAAAGCUGCCAUGCAGCUGUCAUUACCAACGUUACCAGGCAUGUCAAUAGCUCCUUUAGAAAUAUAUUAACUGAGCAAAAUAGUGACGUGUUCAAUACUUAUUUUACCCGCUGUACGUGCAUGCACACAUAUGCGUGGGGCUUUUAAGGCUGGUAGUUAGCAUUGUGGAGUUGGGCGGAUUUAGCCUCUUUUUUCUUAUUUUUAUACAAUUUACAGAAACAACUUAAGUCAAUUUAGGGAAGACUUAUCCAGCUGACUUUUUGUAAAUGUAAAGUUUUUAAGACAGGAAAAAAGAGACACCCAAAUGUCGAUACUGAUCUGCAGUCGUUACACUUUUAGUUCUGUACGUGGUAGUUAUACUCGGUCACAUGUUCAUGGGUAAAGUUGCCAUCUUUGUCUCGAGUGCGUUUGGAAACAGAUCGUGAAUGUGCGAGCUGUCGUAAAAGUUAUUUCCUGUUUAUCGUCUGAGGGCUUUUUUAUCAUGUCUGUCAUGACUGAAUAUACAAAGGUAUUUAUGGCGUCCCUCUGUUCCCCUUUGACCUCACACAUGUACAGGGUAUGAAAGCAAUUUUAUAGCAGCUUCCUGUCUGUUCAGAUCAUUCCAAUUGAGAUAAUCAGGGGACACAAGGAUGUAGUACGAGUCACGGAUCUACACUGGGGUGUCAUUCUUUUUAACUCUGCCAAGGGAAGUUAUGUUUCUGUCUGUUAUUUUGUUACCAUAUUGGAACAUAUUUAGUUGGUUAUACAUUUCAGUCGUCGAGAUGAAUGUGACGUUUGCCAAGACGGAGAGGAUCUUGACAAAAUAUGUAUCUGGGCUUGACUUGAAUUUGUUGCUUGAUCUUAAAAGGCAUCCUGAAUUCAAUCCACCACAAUUACUGUGACGGCGAGUCACAGGCUCAGUUUAGUAUCCAAAUAGAACUACAAAAUGCAUCGGAUGAUCUGCAUGAGGUCAUUUUAGGGUCACUGAUUGACAACCCACUCGAAAGUAUUAACCAGCAUUGGCAAUUGGAAUAUUUAGGUCAUGGUAGAUGUCAUUUAAGGUGUGGGGGGUUGCGUAUCACUGCAGCAUAUACUGUAUUUUACUGUAAAUGAAGAGAGAAAAAUGGAUACACAAACUUUUGUAUUUCUAUUGGUUCCAGUGUUUGUGCUAUAUUUACAAUAAAAGUGGUUUCAGUUAACCAAAGUUCU